AUGGCUGCAACUGUUUACAUUGUUAUUUACACUCUUUAUCAUCACAUUUACAAGUUGGCCGUAGAGAUCCAAAAGGGUCUUGAAACUCAAGGCGUCAAUGUCAAGGUGUUCCAAGUCCAAGAAACUCUCUCUGAUGACAUUCUUCAAAAGAUGCACGCUCCAGCUAAGCCGGAUCUUCCCAUCAUCACUGUAGAUCAGUUGACCGAGGCUGAUGGUAUCAUCUUUGGUAUCCCCACUCGUUUUGGUACAAUGCCUGCUCAGUUAAAGGCCCUCUUGGAUGCCACAGGUAAACUAUGGGCCACGGGUGCUCUUGCUGGAAAGUUUACUGGCACUUUCUUCUGUACUGCCUCUCAACACGGUGGUCAAGAAACCACUGCUCUCACCACGGUGACCUAUUUUGCUCAUCAUGGCAUGAUUUACGUUCCAUUCGGUUUUGCUAGCGCUCAUUUAUUCGACAACUCUGAAGUGGUUGGUGGUUCUGCUUAUGGCGCUGGCACUGUAGCCAACGGUGACGGCUCUCGUCAGCCUACUGAAAAGGAGCUGGAGAUUGCUCGCACUCAGGGUGAAAACUUUGGCAAAAUUGUAACUACUUAUGUCAGAGGAAAGACUGUCUAG